AAAAUCAAUCGUGAUUCAUCGCCGUCUGCCCAACUCCACUCACAUCCGACCGACCAUGUCCAGCCCCAACCUCGUCUCCGGCGUGCUCAAGGGCCUCGGCGACGUCACCGGCAACCUCCACAAGAGCUUCGAGCCGUACGACACCGACGGCGCGCGCCCCGUCCCGGGCCCGCUCACCCGCCACAUCGACGACCUCGCGCAGAUCGCCGAGCGCGGCUCCGCGUUCACCCCCGCAGACCUGCCGGCGUACGUCGACGCGGUGAAGAACCUCAACGGCGUCGGCCUCGAUGACCGCAAGCUCCUCCUAGAAAAGCUCGUCACGCUCAUGUCCCGCCUCCCCGACGGCAACCUGUUCGGCAAGAAGCUCCAGGACUUUUUCAUCGACACGCUCUACAACGACCUCCCGCACCCGCCCGCCGGCUACCUCUCCCUCCCCGCCGCCGGCUACGGCGCAACGGCGCUCCCGCCCCAGCGCGUCCCGUACGCCUACCGCUCCGCCGACGGCUCCAACUACAACCCCCUCUUCCCGGACAUGGGCAAGGCCGGCACGCCCUACGCGCGCUCCGUCCCGUCCAAGAUCACCGUCCCGCGCUCGGCGCUCCCCGACCCCGGCCUCGUCUUCGACACCCUCCUCGCCCGCCAAAAGUUCACCCCGCACCCGGGCGGCAUCUCCUCCCUCUUCUUCGCGCUCGCCAACCUCAUCAUCCACUCGUGCUUCCACACCAACGCCCGCGACUGGACGAUCAACGACGCCUCCUCCUACCUCGACCUCAGCCCGCUCUACGGCUCGUCCGACGCCGAGCUGGACCAGAUCCGCACGCACGACGGCUCGGGCCGCAUCCACCCGGACACGUUCAUGGACAGCCGGAUCCUGUUCAUGCCGCCCUCGACGAACGCGCUGCUCGUCCUCUUCAACCGGAACCACAACUGGAUCGCGUCCAAGAUCCUCGCCAUCGACGAGUGGGGCAAGUACGCCCCGCCCGCGAGCCUCGCCGACGCCGCCGCGGCCGCGAAGCGGGAGGCGCAGGACGCCGAGAUCUUCCACCGCGCGCGGCUCGUCAACACCGGCUUCUUCAUGCAGGCCAUCCUCCGCGACUACGUCGGCGCCAUCCUCGGCUGCGUCCGCGACGGCUCCGCCUGGCGCCUCGACCCGCUCGCCGCCUUCCGCGACCUCUCGCACGAGGUCUCCCCGCGCGGCGAGGGCAACGUCGUCUCGCUCGAGUUCAACCUGCUCUACCGCUGGCACGCGACGUCCUCCGCGCAGGACACCCAGUGGACGGAGGCCGAGUUUGGGAAGCUGUUCGACGGCAAGGAUUUCAGGACGAUCACCGUCGACGACUUCCGCCGCGCGGCGAUGACCAAGCUCGACCCGCGCAAGCUGCCGCCGUUCACCGAGUGGACGUUCAACGGGCUCGAGCGCGGCGCGGACGGAAGGUUCGCGGACGACGAUCUCGCCAAGAUCUUGCAGGAUGCGACGGAGUGGCCCGCGGGCGCCUUCGGAGCGCAAGGAAUCCCGGACGUGCUCCGCGUGGUGGAGAUGCUGGGGAUCGCGCAGUCGAGGACGUGGGGCGCGUGCAGUAUGAACGAGUUCCGCGAGUUCAUGGGCCUCAAGCCGUAUUCGACAUUUGCCGAGUGGAAUCCCGAUCCGGCCGUUCACAAAGCGGCAGAGGCGUUGUACCACCACAUCGACAACCUCGAACUUCAUGUCGGCAUUCAAGCCGAGCAAACGAAGGACCCUAUGCCCGGCGCCGGCCUCUGCCCGGGGUACACCAUCUCUCGUGCGAUCCUGUCCGACGCCGUCUGCCUGACACGAGGAGAUCGGUUCCUCACAGUUGACUUUACUCCCUUCAACCUCACGUCGUGGGGAUACCAGCACUGCCAAGCCGACGGCGACGACGGCUCGUACGGCGGCACCCUCGCAAAGAUGCUGUUCGCUCUCCUGCCCGAGCACUACCCCGCCGGCUCCGCUUACGGUCACUUCCCGUUCAUGGUGCCGGAGACCAUGCGCGGCUUCAUGAAGGACCGCAACGACCCGGACGUCGACAAGUACACUUGGUCGCGCCCGUCGGUCCCCGUCCCGACGGCCGUCGUCGACACGUACGACGGCGCCAAGCUCGUGCUCGGCAACCCGCGGCUGUUCGCGUCGACGUACGAGCGGCACCUGUUCAACGUCGCCGGGACGUCGUCCGAGGCGGCCGCGCUCGUGAACUCCGUCCUGACGUCGGACGAUAUGACGCAGCAGUGGAAGCGCUCGGCGUACGUCACCGCGGUGUCGCUGAUCCAGAGGAAAACUUUCGAGCAGGUCAAGUCGACGGCCCGCUAUGUGGACGUGGUGAAGGACGUGAUCAACUUGGUGCCCGUGCACCUCAUCGCGAACGAGCUAGUCGGUCUGCCCAUGAAGACCGAGGAUAACCCCCACGGAGUCUACAGGGAAGACCAGCUGUACGAUCAAUUUGCGGAGGUCUGCAAUUACGUCUUCGUCGACGCCGACAACUUCGUCGAUUGGAGGUUGCGCGAGCACUCGAUCGCGACUCUGAAGGACGUCCUGGACUACGCCAAGGGGCACUUCACCAAACUCACCAAGGGUCUCCUAUCUUUCGGCGGCCUUUCCGAUACCGUCGUUCAAUACGUCGCGGGGCGCAACGAUAACUCGGAGCGGUUCCUCCGGAAGCUUCUGGAUGGUCGCCGGGGCCUGUCGGACGACAGCCUGGCCGCAGGCCUUGCGAGCAUCGUAGCCACCGCCGCUCACUUCUCCGCCGCCUUGGCGAACGUGGUGGACUUUUACCUUGAUGAUGGCCAGCGCGAGGCGCGGGACGACAUCGUCCGGCUCGCGAACGUGCACAGCGUCCAGGCAGACCAUCAGCUCCUUCAAUACGCGCUGGAGGCGCUCCGCCUCAAACCCGCGGUCGCCGCCGUCUACCGGACCGCUUCGGCGAAUGGCCAGGUCGGGACCACGUCCGUGCAGCCGGGGCAGAAGGUCUUCGUUAACGUGACGAAGGCAAAUCAGGAGGCUUCGCACGGUCAAGAGCCAGGAAUCUUCGACGUCGGCGAGCAUGGCUUCAUGAGCCAGAAAUUCUUCGAAGUCGCCGCUCCGUCCGUCCUGCGGGCCGUGUUCAGGCUCCCGCAACUGAAACGUGCGCCAGGGCUUUCGGGCGUUCUGAACAGCUUCACCGAGACCGUUUAUGAUACGCAGAUCACGUCGUACAUCAACAGCAAGGGCGAGACCACUCCCUUCCCGCCGUCGCUGGUGGUUCAUUACUCGUUGUAGCAGCUGCAGACCGGAAACAAUGUACAGUAUUAUCACAUAUAAUGCUACCCUUGACUCUGG